AUGGCCGAUUUCUUGUUGCCUAGUGUAAGGCCGAUUUCUUUUUGCUCAGUCAAAGGCCGAUUUCUUGUUGCCCAGUUCAAUGGCCGGUUUCUUUUUGCCCAGUGUAAGGCUGAUUUCUUGUUGCCCAGUGUAAGGCCGAUUUCUUGUUGCCCAGUGAAAGACCGAUUUCUUGUUGCCCAGUGUAAGGCUGAUUUCUUGUUGCCCAGCGAAAGGCCGAUUUCUUUUUGUCCAGUGACAGACCGAUUUCUUGUUGCCCAGUGUAAGGCUGAUUUCUUGUUGCCCAGUGAAAGGCCGAUUUCUUUUUCUCCAGUGAACGACCGAUUUCUUGUUGCCCAGUUCAAUGGCCGGUUUCUUUUUGCCCAGUGUAAGGCUGAUUUCUUGUUGCCCAGUGUAAGGCCGAUUUCUUUUUGUCCAGUGACAGACCGAUUUCUUGUUGCCCAGUGUAAGGCUGAUUUCUUGUUGCCCAGUGAAAGGCCGAUUUCUUUUUCUCCAGUGAAAGACCGAUUUCUUGUUGCCCAGUUCAAAGGCCGAUUUCUUGUUGCCCAGUGUAUGGCUGAUUUCUUGUUGCCCAGUGCAAGGCCGAUUUCUUGUUGCCCAGUGAAAGACCGAUUUCUUGUUGCCCAGUGUAAGGCUGAUUUCUUGUUGCCCAGUGAAAGGCCGAUUUCUUUUUCUCCAUGUAAAGCUGAUUUCUUUUUUCCUCGUGAAAAGCCGAUUUCUUGUUGCCUAGGGAAAGACUUAUUUCUUGUUGACCAGCGAAAGGCCGAUUUCUUGUUGCCCAGUGAAAAGCCGAUUUGUUGUUGCCUAGUGGAAAGCCGAUUUCUUGUUGCCCUGUUUAAGGCCGAUUUCUUGUUGCCCAGGUAA